CGUCUCCCUCUCUCUCUCUCUCUCUCUCUCUAUCUCUGCAGAAAACGUCCUUUUCCAAGGUCGCUGUAACCUCCCCCUCCUGCUCCUCCUCCUUCCUUCCUUCCUUCCUUCCUUCUUCAUCUCUCCGUCAUUCGGAGGCUCGCCAAGUGAACAACAACCGGAAGGAUCUCCCCCGCAGAUCUGCCGGCCGCGGUUAGGGCUCGUCGGUCGAGGCGAUGGCGUCGAAGCGGAUCUUGAAGGAGCUCAAGGAUCUCCAGAAGGAUCCUCCCACCUCCUGCAGCGCCGGCCCAGUUGCUGAAGACAUGUUUCACUGGCAAGCGACAAUUAUGGGUCCGCCAGACAGUCCAUAUGCCGGGGGAGUCUUUCUUGUUACAAUUCACUUUCCACCAGACUACCCAUUUAAACCACCAAAGGUUGCAUUCAGGACAAAAGUCUUUCACCCCAAUAUCAACAGUAACGGUAGCAUUUGCCUUGACAUAUUGAAGGAGCAGUGGAGCCCUGCCCUCACCAUUUCGAAGGUGUUGCUCUCAAUCUGUUCUCUAUUGACGGACCCAAAUCCCGAUGACCCUCUGGUACCAGAAAUCGCGCACAUGUAUAAGACCGACAGGGCGAAGUACGAGGCCACCGCCAGAAGCUGGACUCAGAAGUAUGCGAUGGCCUAGGAUGUCACCGUGCGUGAUUUGGGGAGGGUUUGGUGUCUCUGUGACUUUGGUCUUGCAAUCUAUGUGUUAGUGAAAGACGGUGAUUCAUCUUCGUCCCUAGACCAAAACGAACGAAAGUCCGAAAAAUUACCCUCCCGAGAAACACGUGCUCUGCCGCUUUCCAAUUGUUUGUAUGUUAAAUAAGUAUUUCGAACUGUGGAUACUUGUCCCUUAAAGUGAUUAAGUUAAAUUGUGAUUAAUUUUUUUUUAGUCUAAAUAACUAUUCACUUCA